CACAGGAUCACCCAAGGCUAUUUCGAGACCUUCCGGGAAAGCUCAGACAUAUUCUCUCUUCCUAACCAGACCAGGAAAUCACAGCGCUAUAAAAGAAGAAUACUUUUCAAAUAAAGUGACGAUGCCCACAGAGCGACAUGUGUCCUUGGUGCAAAAGCUAAGAUGGCAUGUCAGUGGUAACUUCUCACCUACUGCGUUUGCAAUUGGCGAUGUGGACGGACUUGGGGAUAACGCAUUUGUGAUUGGAAAUUUAGUCGGGGAGCUAUUCAUCUUCAAAGGAAAUAAUCCUGAUGGUCUUCCAUGGAUGACAUGCAAGGGUCUUGGCACGAUCACAGCCGUUGCCAUUGGUGAUAUCAGGAACUGUGGCAAAAAUUCAAUUGUAGUAAUGAGUGCAGAGGGGCUUUGUCAUAUCUUUGAUAUCGCUGAAUUGGAUAACAGCCGGCAUGGUGGACACGUCCUUCCAUCGUCAUCAUCAACUGGGGCCAACAUAUCUUCUAGCCACAAUGCAUCAGGAUCAUUUGUAGGAGGAGGGCCUGGCGGCCGAUCAGGCCAGGCUGGCAGCAUAUAUUCAUCUACUCCAUUGCAGAAUUCAUAUCAUGCAGGGCAGAGCGGGAAUAGUCAUCCUUUUCACCCUACAAUCCCUGCUACACCCAGCAUCCGACCUGUUCCAGAUACCCAUCAUCAGCACCAUAAUAGUCAUUAUCAAGGAGUUCCAUCGAGCCAUCCAUACCAUGGUACCCCGCCUCUACCGCCACCACAGAAUACACCACAUGGAUCUGCUUCUUCUUCUAUUUCAGGAUCUACGCACCAUCAUGGUCAUCAACAGAAUAGUCAAACCCACACUUCCAACAGUACACCAAUUCAUUCGCAUGCCGGGAGCAUUCAUGGCGGCAUCAGUGGCAGUAACUCUGGUAGUGCGAGACGUGCAUCUGAGGCGCCUUUAGCAUCAUCUGGGCCAGGCUUGACGUCGGCAUCAGCAUCCACAGUAAGGACAACGGCAGCGCUAACUAAUUCAAUCAGUGCUUCGCCAAUACCUACUCCUACAUCGCACUCCCAUGGAGGACAAGCAGUAGGAGUGACUCGGUCAUUAGGUGGAAACAGCGUAACCGAUUCACCGACAGGAACACCAUUAAUCAAACCACAGCAAGGGCCAUCAUCUGCUGCGUCCACACGAAAGCAACAGAGGGGCGGGGCAAAUAGACAUGGCAAUGCAGGGCCUGGCAAGUCUCAAGUAUGUCAUGUAGGGGGGCAAAGGAUCUUGGACAGGCCCAACUUGACUCUUCCGGUACCUGUCAAUAUCAACCGAGCGUAUAUCGCAGACAUUGAUGGGGAUGGUCUCAAUGAAAUUGUGCUUGCGAGAACUGAUAGGAUCAUGCAUUCAUACUCUCUUCAAAUCACCAAGCCAGUGUCGCUUACAGCCACAUCCUCCAUUCAGCCAAGCAACCAACAGCUAAACUUGAUCAAACUAGUUAGCAGGACCAGUAGUAUUUCAACCUUAGAUAGUAGUGGACUCUUAUCGCCUUCUGAUGACCGCAGGGAGACUAUCAUUCACUAUCCUUCGCUCUCAUCCAUGGGGAGAUUGCACUAUGCAGGCUCGACAUCCACUGUAGCGGGCAUGGGUCAAUUAGACAGCCAGCAGCAGCAGGAUAAGCAAGAUAAUAGUGGUGUCAUCAAUGUUAAUGAUCCCUCGAUGAGUCGAUUGGUAUUGGUGGAAAAAAAACGCUGGGCAUUGGAUGGUCAGAUCCACUGUCUCGCAUUGACAAAGGAUACGAACACAGGAUUACCUAUCCUUUUGGUUGCUCAGCCAGGUCUCAAAUUUGUGAUGAUUGACCAUACUGGUAAUAUGUCAGAGCCUAUCACGCAAAUUCAACGCAAUCCCAAUGCAGCAGUGAAUGUUGUCGCGCCCGAUACGCCGACGCGGGCUGUAGGAAGCGGUGAUGUUGCCACUGAAAUCAUUUGCGGCUCACGUUUUGUCAAUGGCACAAGAAAAGACAUUAUUGGGUUGAUGUCCAUGGAUGGCGCGAUUGCAUUGCAUGAUCUCGAGGAGAAUACUGUUAAAACUCAUGACCUGGAUUCGACUCACAAAAUUUUCGGAUUCUCAAAGCUUAAUUUCGGGACACAAUACGUGGAGCAACGACAACGUGUACGAAGUUCCAGGAAAUCUAGGAGGCCGAGUUAUGCUAUAAGCUCGAAUAGCCGUUUUGCAGACGAAGAUAACUACGAUGGGGGCGAAGAAGAUGAUGAUGAUCAGGACGAAGACGGCUUAGACACUGAAGAUGACGGUGAUACGGCUGCAGAGACUCAGAUAUUAAGAGACCACUAUGCGAAUGGCGGUGGUGGCGGCGAUUUUAGUGAUAUUGGCGAUGAUGCUUCUCGCCGCUCUGUCCACUCUACACAUACCAAACCAUGGCGCUCAGGGGGCGGAAACAAAGCAUCUACGUCAUCCAUGCUAAUUUCAGAUUCAUUUGGGUCGCGGAUCCAGAAGAACGACAUAUUUGUGGGAUGCUCUUGGAGCGGAAUUACAUUCUUCAUAGAUCAAGACUUCAAUACUGCCCAAUAUGACUUUGAUGCUCGUGUAUGCGCUUUUGGGGCUGGUCAAUAUGCUGUUACUCCAGGCAGAAACGAGCCUUGUCUUUUUUAUGUGGACUUUGAGGACAACAUCUAUGUAUAUUAUAAUCUUUACAUUCAAACUGAGCCCUUUCUCCGGUUCCAUGAUGUUGUGAAGGCGGAUACUGAGCUGAUUCUAGCAAGUCAAAAGUUUAUGUUAAAAGUGCCGGGCCGCAGAGAUGCUAGGACAGAGAAAGAUGAAAUAUCUGUUAGAUCUACUGAGGGCAAUUCUCUGCAAAACGACCAAGAAAAUGACUGCAAACCAGAUAUCAAAGAUAUCAAAAGUGAUAGCCACGACAAUGAUAGAAGCAGUUCUGCAGGGCCUAAGUGGGAUGAACGCGAUAUGAAUGAAUUUAUCCAUGACUCUCUAUACAAUGUCAACCGCUAUGAGGAUGAGUUUCAGCGAUUGAAACGACUAACUAAUCUCGAACUUGCAAAGCGAACAAUGCUUUUAGAGGAAGGGAUGAACAAAGAACGUGAACGGGACGAGACAGAAAGGAAGGCGAAGGCAGCAGAAUUUGAAGCUGCGCUUGCUGCAGCAACGGCAGAAUACGAAGCUACACUUGCUGCAGCAACGGCAGAAGCAGUAAGAGCAGAGACUGGAGAUGAAUCUGCUUUCAUCGAUUCUAGAUCGCGGCCUUCUCUUCAUGUUUUUACCUCAGAACAAACUGGCUUGGGUCGACCGCAUGGACAGUUUCCAGGACAUGGCAUUUCAACCAGUCGUGCCGGCGUUGGGUCUGUCCCAUAUACCCAAACAAAAUCAAAAUAUCAGCGGCAGCAGCCGUCACGACAGGAUGGUGACGACGGUGAUGAUAAUGACCGUCUUUCAUCACCUCUGUCGCCUGUUUCUUCUGUAUCAGCACCUUCUACAUUACCAUCUACACAACCUACGCAGAGCUACAUAGAGAAGCGCCGAUCGUCUUUACUAAUCAAAGAUGUUCUCGCUCAUUACGAGGGAAAGACUACACCUCCACUCAAGUCCCCUACAUCGUCUUCAACAUUUGCCCAUCAAUCAGCGAAGGACCACAGGAGUGGGGCUUCUUCGUCGUCAUCUUUAGCAUCGGCAGGCUCGUCCGCAACGCUGACAAAUAUCUUCAAACGGCUCAGUCUCAAAGACAAGGGAGGCAAUGUCUGUCUUUCUCGAUCAUCCAGCAGCGGUAGCGCCAGUGGUGCCAGUAAUGGUAGCCAAAGUACUAUCAUUCAGAGCCAUUCCUUAUUGGGGACACCUACGUUAUCAAAGGGGAAAGCUUCCGCUGUAGAUUCUCGAAUUGGAAAACCACCCAUAAGGGUCAAUCGUCCUUCAGGAAUUUCUCCAAGGCCCAAAGGCAUUGGGACGGCCAUGACUGGCCGCAAGCCAGGAGCUAAGUCAAAGCUAUUUCUACAGCAAGAUCGAGAGGAAUCAACCGAUGAUGGGGACGUUGAAGAUGGUGUGGAUGAGCAGGGCGCGCCAUCUGAGGAUGACACUGUGGAAACAGAUGGCGACCAAUUAAUUGAGUUUGACCGUUCUUCGCGUAAGGACACUGGAGGAGAUGAAUUCCAUAUAGGAUCUCAAAAGUUUGACGAUGGAUCGGCAGCAGUUGAGCUUUAUGGAAAUGAAGGCAAUAAUGAUGAGACAAGCGAAAAUAUUGUAGGGGCACUUGGAAGAGAGGAGGGAAGGGUAGCGGGAGAAGUGACAUUAGCAGGAAUUGGGGUGGAAGAGGAUAUUACUACUGGAGUAUAUACUCCUUCUACGAUUUCUCCUAUCCCUUCGCCUAGACGGCUCUACAGCAAUAAUCAACAACACGGAAGUUCAGCAGAGCCUAGCGCUAGCCUUGACAGCACAGCAUUUAUGCUUGCUAAAAGCCUGCUCUCACCAUCUACACAGAGCGUUAGCAGUGGUAGUACUGGGACUACUACAAUCGGAGCAACUACCGUAACAUUGGGAAAUCAAGGGAAGAACGACCAUAAUAGCAAUAAGAGCAUCAACCAUGGUCCACAAUCUUCCUCAUAUUCUCAUGGCAGUCACCUGCGACAGCGUUCAGCACAUGGGCUAUUGGAUGUUACUGGUACAUCAAUGCGAGAGUAUGAAGCGAAUCCAACUUCAGGUAAUACUGCUGGUUUCAGCUCUGAUCCUUUCAGUACUGGCCUCUGUAGCGCUCAAGGUGGCCAAAGAUUUACGGCUGCGUCUCUUCUGAACACGGGGUCUGAUGUUGGAGAGAUUGCAGUCCCAGACAUUAAACUGGUGGCAGCCUCGCUCCCAACACAACCCGUGACCCCAUUAUCGACUUCGGAAUCAUCUUCUCUGGCGCAGAUUGUCCCAGAUGAUUUAGAUCAGGAGGAUUCUAAGAAUGGCGGAGAAAUGUUCCAAAAAGCGACCAUAGAUGAGUUGUGUAAUUUAGAUCUGGAUCAUCAGCCAGUUGUGAUUGAAUCAGAUGUUUGUCGCCAGUCUGCUGCGCCAGGGCCGCAAGGAGGGAUGUCUGAGUCUGAUACAACGGCUGCUGAAGACUCCAAGUCAAGUAAGAGCAAUAAUAGCGAGCGAUUCUCUCGAUCGGGAGAGUCGAAAUUCAAAGAGUCAGACAUGAAGUUGAUGCAGGCGCCACUGCCUAGGAGUAAUCAGCACUAUCGAAAGCAACAGCACCAGCAAUCUCAGGGUCAAGAAGGAGGGGGUAUGUCAUCCUCUGCACAUGUCUCCUUCUCAGAUACGCAUCCCAAUAGCGUUAGCGCGAGUAGUGGAGGAGAGGGGGAUGGCGUUGCAAGCCAAGGCGGUGGCGUAGAGACAUUUCAUUUCAGAAAUGAUGGGCUUGGGCGAAGCGGCUUCACAGGAAAGUCAUCGUCAACCACAUCAUCGGCAACGGUGUCUGACUUUGGGUCAGGUCCGUCUUCACCACUUGCUAGUAAUGUCAACGCAGCGCAUGCGAUCUUGUCUAACCCGUCUUUCAAUAGCUACAAAGGAUUCAGUGUGUUGUCCCUACCAUUGACUUCACCCUCGGCUUCUACAGCAACUGCACAGCAGCACCAGUACUUUUCUCCGUCUCAUUAUCAUCACUACCAUGUGUCCCCUACAUCUAUCAUACCAUCACACUUGGGCCUAUCCACUAGAGGAGGUCCACAGACUCAUGACCGAGCAUUGGCGCAGGAGGAUGAUAGAAUGUCUAUUCGAUCUAGGACAUCGACUUUCCAUGAUACCAAUGAAAAUCCAUCCACCUAUGAGGUUGUCCCAUCAGCGAUAUUUGUGAACACUGGUGGUGCUACCGUUGGAGUUGGAGAGCAACAUCAGCAAAAUAAUAUUUAUGGUAUGUCUCCUACUUCGACACUGACGAGCAACCUGACCUCGGACUCACUUGUGCGCCGUCUUGAAGAUCUGCAGCAACAGGAUCGUGAUCUAGAGGAGCGACAGCAACAGCGCCAGAGAGAAAAGAAACUAGAAAAAGAAAAAGAGAACUCUAAAGAAAAUACUAGGGCAACCCCUACACUCACGAUAUCUCAGUCAUCGUCAGCAGCAGUGCCGACCAGUCGGCCAUCUUCACUGUCACGAGCCAACAGUGGAGCCAGUGUGCAGAGCGUUGUUAGUCAUCAUGGCCACCGUGCUCCAAUAGCUUUGCAGUUGCCUCUGUCUCCCCAUUCUUCGUCUUCUGCCCCAUCGGUGCAUCUAUCGGGCCAUGGGUCUAUAACUGGCGCAGGAACAGGACCAGCGUCUUCUUCGUCUGGUAUAGGAUCCUUAGGUUCUAUCUCGGGGUCAACUCAUGAAAGGCAUCACCAUCAUACGUGGGAAGAAGAUCCACAUGAAGCUGCAAAAAGACUCCGGAGCAGACCAGGCCUUGGAGCUGAUAGAUGACGGUAAAAAAGAAUAACAAUAAUAAAUAGUAGAAAGGGAUAAUAACUGUAAAAGCAC